GGAGAGAAAGAAGCAAGAAACAAAAAUCAAGCGUCGCAGCAUGGAGGAGAGGCGCCCUCCACUGGCACUCGUGCCAACUGCGGUGAUGGUUAUGCUGUCGCUGAGCUCGUGCUGCGUGUCGGCGGCGAGGCCGGCCGCGGGGGGCGCCGAGCAGCAGCUGCACCCGGUGAUACUGAUCCCGGGAACCGGCGGCAACCAGCUGGAGGCGCGGCUGACGGAGGACUACAGGCCGUCCAGCCUGGUGUGCCGGGUGUGGCCGCCGGUGCGCGGGCGCGGCGGGUGGUUCCGCCUCUGGUUCGACCCAUCCGUGCUGAUCGCGCCGUUGACCAGGUGCUUCGCCGAGCGGAUGAAGCUCUACUACGACCCCGCCGCCGACGACUACCGCAACGCGCCCGGCGUCGAGACCAGGGUAUCCGACUUCGGCUCCACCUCCACCCUCCGCUACCUCGAUCCAAACCUCAAACUCCUGACGGGGUACAUGAACACUCUGGCUAGCACGUUGGAGAAGGCCGGGUACGAGGAGGGCCGCGACCUGUUCGGCGCACCGUACGACUUCCGGUACGGGCUAGCCGGGCCGGGGCACCCGUCACAGGUGGGCAGCGCAUACCUACAGCGCCUCAAGCUUCUCGUGGAGACGGCGUGCGUGGCCAACGGCGGGAGGCCAGCGAUCCUUGUGGCGCACAGCUUGGGAGGGCUGUUCGCGUUGCAGCUGUUGGCGCGCAACCCGCUCCCCUGGCGCACUGCGCACGUGAAGCGUUUGUUGACGUUGUCGACGCCGUGGGGCGGGUCGGUGCAGGAGAUGCUCACCUUCGCGUCGGGUAACACGCUGGGCGUGCCGUUCGUGGACGCGUCCAUCAUCCGCGACGAGCAGCGGACCUCCGAGAGCAACCUGUGGCUGCUGCCCACGCCCAAGGUGUUCGGCAACACCACGCUAGUGGUAUCGCGGUACCACAACCGGUCCUACUCCGCCAAGAACAUGACGCAGUUCCUACGGGACAUCGGUUUUGAGGAGGGGGUGGAGUCGUACCGCGUGCGGAUACGGCCGCUCGUGGAGGCCCUGCCGGAGCCUGGCGUGCCGGUGACGUGCCUAGUGGGCACCGGCGUGGACACGGUGGAGAGCCUCGUGUUCGGGGACGGCGGCUACGACGAGGGCCCCGAGAAGGUGGUGUACGGCGACGGGGACGGGACGGUGAACCUGGCCAGCCUCGUGGGGCCGAUCAAGGCGUGGUCCGACUCGCCUGCGCAAGUGAUCGAGGUGGUGGAGCUGCCCAAGGUGUCGCACUUGGGCAUCCUCAACGACAAGAACGCGCUCGAGCAGAUCAUCAGGAUCGUUGAUUCCAUCAAUCUGAACGCCACGAGCACGAGCUAUCAUCCGUCUUAAGGUGUUUUUUAGUAGACAACUGACUGAAAAGAAGUGUUAUUAUCGUUGAGAUUUGCUUAGCUCGCGAGUGGAACUUCGGCUUGGGAGGGUGCAUGUUUUUGUGCACAUUUGUCAAGCCAUCUUGUUAGAGGCAAAAAUAAGAGAAAAUUCCGGUUAAUUAUGAAA